CCUAAGAAGAGGCUGGGGGAGGCGUGUGUGUGUGUGGACGGAGGACUUACUCUUGCUAAUGCUUCUCUACCUGCGUCGCCGUGGUUGCCGCCUGCAGGCUCUCUAGGAGGCAUGGCUCUGGCUCUCGGCAAAGUGCUCUGCCUGGGAAAGGAAUUCUUUUUAAAAGAGACACCUGCACAUAUCUGUCUUGCCUUAAAAACUUCAAGAAGGAUUCCUAUUUGUUCUGUAGGCAAUGCACUGCUGAACGGCCACAGGCACUAUAGGUCCCAGCCCACCCAUGGCAUUGGUCGAUAUAGACAUCUGCUCCUCCCAGAGGUCGAGAAGAAGAAGCGAAACAGAGUCCAAAUGAAGGAGAUUGACCCUGGGACGGACCACGAGUAUGGCAUUUUGAACAUAGUCAUGACUGGCUACGACAUGACUCUGGUUGAACAUUAUGCUCAGUACAUUCACAAGCUUUGCAACCGGCUGUCCAUCCGGGUGGAGGAAAGCUACGCGAUGCCCACAAAGACUACAGAGGUGAUGCUGUUGCAGGAGCAAGGGACCAAGACAUACGUGGAUGCUGUUCUCACAACCCACCAACGUGUUGUCCAGGGAUCCAUGCAAGAUCUCACCUCGUGGAGUUGCAAUGAUCAUGAGAACGGUGACAAAGCAGCCCAGAACUACACGGGGGGGACUUGUCAAUGAUCUCAGGGCAGCUGGAACCAUAGUCACCAAGAAAACAAUUGGUAACACACUAAGCCGUGAAGGACUGAAAUCUUGCAGUGCCCGCAAGGUCCCGCUGCUCAAGGCAGCACAUGUACAGGCCCAUCUGCAGUUUGCCAAUGCACAUCUGAAUGAUCCAGAGGAGAACUGGGCGAAAGUGUUGUGGUCAGAUGAGACCAAAAUCGAGCUCUUUGGCAUCAACUCAACUCGCCGUGUGUGGAGGAGGAGGAAUGCUGCCUAUGAGCCCAAGAACACCAUCCCCACCGUCAAACAUGGAGGUGGACACAUUAUGCUUUGGGGGUGUUUUUCUGCUAAGGGGACAGGGCACCUUCACCACAUCGAAGGGACGGUGGACGGGACCAUGUACCGUCAGAUCUUGGGUGAGCACCUCCUUCCCUCAGCCACGGCAUUGAGAAUGGGUCGUGGAUGGGUAUUCCAGCAUGACAAUGACCCAAAACACACAGCCAAGGCAACAAAGGAGUGGCUCAAGAAGAAGCACAUGAAGGUCCUGGAGUGGCCCAGCCAGUCUCCAGACCUUAAUCCCAUAGAAAAUACAUGGAGGGAGCUGAAGGUUCGGGUUGCCAAACAUCAGCCUCGAAACCUUUCUGACUUGGAGAGGAUCUGCAAAGAGGAGUAGGACAACAUCCCUCCUGGGUUGUGUGCAAACCUGGUGGCCAACUACAAGAAACGUCUGACCUCUGUGAUUGCCAGCAAGGGUUUUGCCACCAAGUACUAAGACAUCUUUUGUGAAGGGAUCAAAUACUUAUUUCCCUCACUACAAUGCAAAUCCAUCGCUGACUUUUGGGCACUGGGCUUUUGAGGGUUUGUUUGUUGUUGUUCUGUCUCUCACAGCUACAAUAAACCUACCAUUCCAAUUA